CAGCGCCGGAGGGAUGCGGGCGGCAGAGCGCGAGCGGCGGCGGCGUGGCUGCGGGGCGCCCUGACUCGCCCUCCGCCGGCCUCCCCGGGCUCCCCUCCUCGGGCCGGCACCCCGGCCCCCGGCUCCCCGGAGCCCCCUCUAUGGCCGCGGCGGCCCGCGGCCCCGGCGUGGCUUCCCCGCGGACGCCCCGCUCGCCGAGCCGGGUCGCUGGAUGUUGCUGAAACUCCGGAGACCAUGCGCGGAGCCGGCCGCCGCCUCGCCGCCCGGAGCCCCUGCCCCCGCCGCCCGCGGGAUGCUCAGUAGCCCGCUGCCCGGCCCCCGCGACCGCCCGUCCCCGAGGAGCCGAGAGCCGCUGCGGAGCCGCGCCGACUAGCCAUGCUGCCCGCCGAGUCCCCGCGGCCGGGCGGCGGCUGGACGCUGGGCGAGGGCGUCUGCUGGCUGCUGCUGCUGCCCGUCCUGCUGCUCCUGGUCGCCCGCCCCGCCAGGCUCGCGGCGUUCCCCACCUCCCUGAGCGACUGCCAGACGCCCACGGGCUGGAACUGCUCCGGCUACGACGACCGAGAAAAUGAUCUCUUCCUCUGUGACACCAACACCUGUAAAUUUGACGGGGAGUGCUUAAGGAUUGGAGACACUGUGACUUGCGUUUGUCAGUUCAAGUGCAACAGCGACUACGUGCCGGUGUGCGGCUCCAACGGGGAGAGCUACCAGAACGAGUGCUACCUGCGCCAGGCGGCCUGCAAGCAGCAGAGCGAGAUACUUGUGGCGGCGGAGGGCUCGUGCGCCACCGAUGCAGGAUCCGGAUCUGGAGAUGGAGUCCACGAAGGCUCAGGAGAGACCAGCCAGAAGGAGACGUCCACCUGUGACAUUUGCCAGUUCGGCGCGGAAUGUGACGAAGAUGCCGAGGACGUCUGGUGUGUGUGCAACAUUGACUGUUCUCAGACCAACUUCAACCCCCUCUGCGCCUCCGACGGGAAGUCCUACGAUAACGCCUGUCAGAUCAAGGAGGCGUCAUGUCAGAAGCAGGAGAAAAUCGAAGUCCUGUCGCUGGGUCGAUGUCAAGACAACACAACUACCACUACUAAAUCUGAAGAUGGACAUUAUGCAAGAACAGAUUACGCAGAGAAUGCUAACAAAUUGGAAGAAAGCGCCAGAGAACACCACAUCCCCUGCCCGGAACAUUACAACGGCUUCUGCAAGCACGGGAAGUGCGAACACUCCAUCAACACGCAGGAGCCGUCCUGCAGGUGUGACGCCGGCUACACGGGCCCGCACUGUGACAAGAAGGACUACAGCGUGCUGUACGUGGUGCCCGGGCCCGUGCGCUUCCAGUACGUGCUCAUCGCGGCCGUGAUCGGGACGGUGCAGAUCGCCGUCAUCUGCGUGGUGGUGCUGUGCAUCACAAGGAAAUGCCCCAGAAGCAACAGAAUUCACAGACAGAAGCAAAACACAGGGCACUACAGUUCGGACAACACAACGAGGGCGUCCACACGGUUGAUCUGAAGGGAGCAUGUCGCACAGUGAGUGGCCGGACCGCCGAGAGCUUGGACUACACAUACAGUAUUCUAGACAAAAGAGUAAGACAAGAGAUCUACACAUGUUGCCUUGCAUUUGUGGUAAUCUACACCAAUGAAAACACGUCCUACAGCUAUAUUUGAUUAUGUAUGGAUAUAUUUGAAAUAGUAUACAUUGUCUUGAUGUUUUUCUGUAAUGUAAAUAAACUAUUUAUAUCACACAA